UGCGCCCCUGCCAGCUAUAAUAUAGUGCGAAAGGCAGCCUGUCUCACAAGCUCUCCAGCCUUGCUACCAUUUAAAAUCAGGCUCUUUUUGUCUUUUAAUUGCCGUCUCGAGACCCAACUCCGAUGUGUUCCGUUACCAGCGACCCGCAGCCUGCCAUCGCAGCCCCUGUCUGGGUGGGGAUCGGAGACAAGUCUCCUGCAGCAGCAGCAGGCAAGGUUAUAUAGGAAGAGAAAGAGCCAGGCAGCGCCAGAGGGAACGAACGAGCCGAGCGAGGAAGGGAGAGCCGAGCGCAAGGAGGAGCGCACACGCACACACCCGCGCGUACCAGCUCGCGCACAGACCGGCGCGGGGACGGCUCGCAAGUCCUCAGGCUCCGCGAACGAGAUGCUGCUGCUGCUGGCCAGAUGUUUUCUGGUGGCCCUUGCUUCCUCGCUGCUGGUGUGCCCCGGACUGGCCUGUGGGCCCGGCAGGGGGUUUGGAAAGAGGCGGCACCCCAAAAAGCUGACCCCUUUAGCCUACAAGCAGUUUAUCCCCAACGUAGCCGAGAAGACCCUAGGGGCCAGCGGCCGAUAUGAAGGGAAGAUCACAAGAAACUCCGAACGAUUUAAGGAACUCACCCCCAAUUACAACCCCGACAUCAUAUUUAAGGAUGAGGAAAACACUGGAGCAGACCGGCUGAUGACUCAGAGGUGCAAAGACAAGUUAAAUGCCUUGGCCAUCUCCGUGAUGAACCAGUGGCCUGGAGUGAAGCUUCGAGUGACUGAGGGCUGGGAUGAGGACGGCCAUCAUUCAGAGGAGUCUCUACACUAUGAGGGUCGAGCAGUGGACAUCACCACGUCUGACAGGGACCGCAGCAAGUAUGGUAUGCUGGCUCGCCUGGCUGUGGAGGCAGGCUUCGACUGGGUCUACUAUGAAUCCAAAGCUCACAUCCACUGCUCUGUGAAAGCAGAGAACUCCGUGGCGGCCAAAUCUGGCGGCUGCUUCCCGGGAUCAGCCACAGUGCACCUGGAGCAGGGUGGCACCAAGUUAGUGAAGGAUCUAAGUCCCGGGGACCGCGUGCUGGCGGCUGACGACCAGGGCCGGCUGCUGUACAGCGACUUCCUCACCUUCCUGGACCGCGACGAAGGUGCCAAGAAGGUCUUCUACGUGAUCGAGACGCGGGAGCCGCGGGAGCGUCUGCUGCUCACCGCCGCGCACCUGCUCUUCGUGGCGCCGCACAACGACUCUGGGCCCACUCCGGGACCGAGCGCACUCUUCGCCAGCCGCGUGCGUCCCGGGCAGCGCGUGUACGUGGUGGCUGAACGCGGCGGGGACCGCCGGCUGCUGCCGGCCGCGGUGCACAGCGUGACGCUGCGAGAGGAGGCGGCGGGUGCGUACGCGCCGCUCACGGCGCAGGGCACCAUUCUCAUCAACCGGGUGCUCGCCUCGUGCUACGCAGUCAUCGAGGAGCACAGCUGGGCACACCGGGCCUUCGCGCCCUUCCGCCUGGCGCACGCGCUGCUGGCCGCGCUGGCACCGGCCCGCACGGACGGCGGGGGCGGGGGCAGCAUCCCUGCACCGCAAUCUGUAGCGGAAGCGAGGGGCGCAGGGCCGGCUGCGGGCAUCCACUGGUACUCGCAGCUGCUGUACCACAUUGGCACCUGGCUGUUGGACAGCGAGACCCUGCAUCCCUUGGGAAUGGCAGUCAAGUCCAGCUGAAGUCCGACGGGACCGGGCAGGGGGCGUGGGGGCGGGCGGGGCGGGAAGCGACUGCGAGAUAAGCAACCGGGAAAGCGCACGGAAGGAGACUUUUAAUUAUAAGAAUAAUUAAUAAUAAUAAUAAUAACAAUAAAAAGUAGGACAGUCCAAAGUAGACUAUAAGGAAGCAAAGACCCCGGGGAGUUCUGUUGUUGUGUUUAGUUUAAAUAUUUUUUUUGAAUUUUUUCGUUAUUGUCUUGUUUGGGUUAUUUUUCUCCUCCCCUGGCUAUUUAUUUGUUUCGUAUGAAUAGAUGUUUUAAAUAAUAUGAACGGACCUUCAAGAGCCUUAACUAGUUUGUGUCUUGGAUAAUUUAUUAUCGUGUGAACUGUACUCACAGUGGGGGAAAGAUUAUUUUGUGAGGCCAAGCAACCUGCUGAAAGUCUAUUUUUCUACAUGUCCCUUGUCCUGCGUGUCAGAAGGCAAAACUCCACAUUCCUCGCCUGCUCUGCUCCUGCUUUUCCGCAAGUGUAAACUAGAACCUGCUCCAUGGGGGUCCACAAAUUAUAUUUUUAUACACAGAAUUGUAAAUUAGAUUUUUGAGAGAUCAAUACUUAACUGAAUGACAUUUCAUUUUUUGAAAUAGUGUAAAAUAUGAAAAUAUAUUAUUUUAAUUUAACUAUUUUCCAAUGUAACAGCCGUCUUCUGUACUGCCUUCUAGGUAUGUAUUUGCUUUGUAACCGCCACUUUGGUCAUGUUCUUGGAAACUAAGACUGUUAACGCACACAUACACACUUUUUUUUCUUUUGACAGACUGGAAGAACUCUGUUAUUUUUAACUUCAAAGAAUUUAUUAGAAAAUAAUAUUUUUUAAAAGUGCACAUAGCGGCGAGCCCACGAGGAUGGAGCCUGUAGUUUGUACAGAGAAAAACAAGGAUGUUUUUGCAUUAAUAAACUGAGAAACAACUGCUGUACAUUUACUAAAAUGUAUUUUUGAAUAUUUUGUAAUAGUUUUAUAGAAAUAAAGCGUGCCACGCACCCAGUGGUUA